AAUUGAUUCUCUGACUGUUUGGUCACAUGAACCGAUAACUGAUACCCACCGAUUUCUAUAUAUAUGCGUUCUUUCAUCAGUACUGGAAACGCGUUCCCGCAACCACAAACCACGAACAAUGCCAGUUCCAGACAACACAUCCCCUCGCUACUCUCUCCAGCCGCCUUGCGGCCUCCCGGCACCCUUUCGCUUGCCCCUCCGUCAACUGGAAGACAAUGGAGCUAACCAAGUUGGCGAUAUCGGCAGUGUCAGGAGGUCAACAGCUACGGACAAUGACGGGAGCGGCGAUACUCUGAUGUCCUGCUUUGGUACUUUGACCAUCCCAUCACUUCCGCUCAAAGAUGAGAGCGCAGAGGUCGUUGGCUCUGCGCACGACAACCAUACAGGCGUUCAAACAAAGUGCUACCCUGGGCCGAAAUUGAGUGACAGAGCGACCCAAGGUCCUGAUGCGGGUCCUCUGAUUGACCGGUUCAGCUGCUUGUUCCAAGACCAGUACGACUGCAGGUUUAACCCGAAAGGUAUCGUUUCUUUGGGUGUGGCCGAGAACUUUUUGAUGCAACAACAAUGCAUGGAGCUUUUUUCUUCCGCACUUCACAGUAACAUAACUCCCCUAGAUCUAUCUUAUGGGGAUUCACUAUGGGGUAGUCGAAGGAUUAAUAAAGCUUUGAGUGCGUUCUUCAACGAAUGGUUCAAUCCGGCCGAAAAGGUUUUGCCAGAGCAAAUCAUCACAGGUGUGGGCUGCUCUGCGGUCCUUGACCAGCUCUUCUACACUAUUUUGGACGAAAAUGAAGCUGUUCUCCUCGCAGCUCCGUACUACACUGGCUUCGAUAGAGAUCUUAUAAGCCGAGGACGAGUUAAGCUUAUCCCAGUUCAUCUCUCUCCAGAACGAGCUUUCGGCCCCGAAAGCUUGGAGUUGUUUGAAGAAGUGUACGAUAAGAUUACGGCACAAGGUAUCACCGUACGCGCUGUGAUCGUCUGUAACCCACAGAACCCUCUCGGACGCACAUACCCUCGAGAAACGCUACUUGCCUAUGCAAAGUUUUGUCAAAACAACGACCUUCAUUUGGUGUCAGAUGAAAUCUACGCCCUCAGCGUUUACAAUAACAAGGAUUUCCCCGAAGCGCUUCCCUUUACAAGCAUGCUUUCACUCAAUGUGCAAGAGGAACUCGGGAUAAAUUUUGAUAAAUCUAGGCUUCAUGUGGUCUAUGGAAUGAGCAAAGACUUUUGCGCGAACGGUCUUCGCGUUGGUUCUCUGGUAUCACAACACAACCCUUUCCUUCUCCGCUCAAUGGCAAACACCUCAAUGCUUAUGAAAUUAUCCUCCCCAGCAGAUGUCAUCUGGUCAAGCUUAUUGCAUGAUAAGAUAGCACUCAAGAAGUUUAUAACGACCAACCGCCAACUUCUUGGAGAAGCUCAGGCAUUCAUUAGGAAGUGGUUUGAAGAUAGGGGCGUACCGGUAGCCGACCACAAUGCAGGGAACUUUGUGUGGGUGAAUCUAGGAGCCGCCUUGGAGUUUGACGAUGUUACGACAGAGAAGCAAAUCUUCCAAAAACUUCUUGAUGGAGGUGUCUAUAUUGCUCCCGGAUCGGCUUACCAUUACCAUAUUCCUGGGUGGUAUCGCGUUACGUUCAGCGUCGCUCGCGAUAAUCUUCUCGUUGGAUUGGGUAGAAUUGAGAAGCUUUUAGGCCUCAGAUUGGUCAAAUCUUGAUGCUGAAGAACAAGCUUUCCCUCGGGCGUUGACCGAUUUAUAAGAAGAUGGUUUGGAGGAAGAUGGCCCGGAGCAGGAAUCAGAUAUUCGGGUAUACGUAUAAACAUAAUAUCAAUGUUGUACCAACAUGUCACUAAUCAUCAUAUGUACUCUCUAUGUAAUUGUAAUUCUCUAUGUCUCGCUUUAAAAUGAAUGUCUGUAAAAAGACAAAAUACU